UUAAAAACCAUAACAACAAAAUAUUAUAUAAAUUAAUGAAUUUUUUUAUUUCUUUUUUCAAUGAUGAUGUAUUAAAAAUAAUAAAAACAAAAAGAUGAAAGAUCAUAAUGACAAAGUAAAGGAGGAUAAUAAAACAAAUGCCCUCGGGGAGUAUGAAGGAGAACGAAAUUCACAGGGUGAAAGAAAUGGUUUCGGCAAGGCUUUUCUUUCAAAUGGAGAUAUUUACGUGGGUUUAUAUUCCAAUGGUUUACGUCAUGGAAAAGGACUUUAUAAAUUUAAAAACGGUUCCAGUUAUGAUGGAGAAUGGCAGCGCGGAUUAAAAUUUGGCAAUGGUACAUUUAUUUAUCCAAACAAUUCACAUUACCAAGGUGAAUGGAAAAAUAAUAUUAAAAGUGGCUUUGGAAUUUAUCACUAUGAAAAUGGUGAUUGCUAUGAGGGAUCAUGGAAUGAUGAUGUUCGUCAUGGUCUUGGUACAUAUUUUUUUAAAUCUUAUGGUGUUAAAUAUAUGGGUACUUGGAUUAAUGAUAAAAUGCAAGGACCUGGACAAUUAAUUUAUCCUAAAUAUAGAUAUCAUGGUUAUUGGGAAAAAAAUUUGCCAAUUGGAAAGGGAUGUUUUGUAUUUGAAAAUAAAUGUAUGCAGCAUGGAUUUUAUACACAUGUAUUAGAUAAAAAAAAUUCUAAUAAUGAUGCAAAUAAAAAAAAUGAAGAUUUAAAUAUAAAUAAUUCAAUGUCAAUUUGGCGAGCUCAAAGUGUCACUCAUUAUGAUCCUGACCUGUUGCCACAGGAAGCUGUACCUCUUCGUGAACAAACUUCCGUUGAAUCAUCAACAGACAUUUGUGGUGAAGAAAUUUGGACAUCUGAUGAACAAAUGUAUCUCACUCCAAUUGAAUCAGAACAAGAAUUUCAUAGUUUUCCACGUGACUAUGAUAAUUUUGGAGACGAAGGAUAAUUAAAAUUGUAUUAAUUUACUUUUUUUAACUUUAAUUUUAUUAAAGAAAUUAUAUAAAAA